AUGCUCAUUGCUUGUGGCACUCCUGCAUUCUGUUAUCAACUGGCAAGGUGGGGCGUGAAUAUCUUGGAACAGUACCAGUUGUUGAUUUCUGUAAACUGUCUUGCCCUCUAUGAAGGAUGCUCAGGGCUGGAACUCCUUAUCCCAAGCACGGGCCAGCUCUGUAUGUUUCUAUCAAGAGAAGUAAGGUGUUGGAUCAACAUUGCUAGUUUAUUUUUGGAGUCAGACAUGAAUGUUGAAGCUUAUAGAAGGAUUUGCCCAUUGUCUGCUAAGCAAUCUGCACAUCUGGUGCCUGCUCUAAAUGCGUGCAAUACUUCCUCUGCCAAGAACGACCCAAAAGAGCAUUAACGUCUUGGAUCGGGUUUAUGCUUGAUCAGAUUCAAUAUCUUCCAUUUCAAAGAGCA